GCCGGGGCUCGGUUUGGGCUUCCGGGGACCAGGAUGCGGCGGCAGCGCUGCCGGAGCCGAGCACCUUUUGUUUUCGGUUCUGGGGUCAAGGAUCUGUCAGCGCAUCUUCUCGCUUCUCUGUUCGCAGGAAAGCGGCUCCCGCCGGCCACUCGGACGUAAAGCGGCGCCUCCCCGGGGCGGAGCGGAGGGGGCGGCCGGGGCCCGGGCUCAGCUGCUGAGGCACCGGCCCAGCGGCAGGGGAAGGAUGCAGCAGUAACGGCUCUGGACAGGACCUGCCACGGCUGAGACCCUCCCGGCCGGCGCGGAGCCCCCACUGCCCCCAGCCCUGCCCGCAGCACCCCCGGCCCGGCCGCUCCACACCGGGCACGUCCCGGGGCAGGGGCUCGGGGGAGCCGGCGUGGCCCCUGGCAGCGCGACGAGGCCGAGAUGAGCAUGGUAAAGAGCCUAGAGCGGCUGGAGCAGCGGCUGGCUGUGAUGGUGGCUGCCCAGGAGACUCCUCAGGCCUGGUCUUCACGGGGAGAGGAGGGGCCGGCGACCAUGAGGAAGGAGAGCAGCCACGGCCAGGAGGAGGCAGACUGCAGGGCAGAGCUGAUCCUCCUCAACGGGGCCUGUACCAGUCCCACCAGUAACGCCCCCUCCAUCAUACGGGAGACAAACAGGAAGCCCAGCACUCCAGAUGCUGCAGGCCUGGGGCUGCCAUCGCUGGAGAGCAACAACAAGGUGAGCAAGGGAGACACGGCCAAGGAGGAGCAGGGCCUGUCCUGGCCGCUGGCUCUGGCUGAGGUGCAGGAGGCAAGGCAGACCCGCCAGGAGAUGAAGAUCAAGGAAACCAACAGUGUGGAGCCCCCCCGGGACCUGCCCACCCCACUGCGGAGCUCCAAGCGGCGCCAGUCCACACCUAUCUCCAUCCCCACCAUCGACCUCACGGAGGAGGACUCCCGGGACUCAUCCCAGAGCAGCAGCACGCUCUCUGGCAGCAGCUCCCAGGAGGGCCAGAACGGCUCCACUGAGCUGGGGACUGAGGAGACCGAGAGCAGGGACGCGGGGAUGGCACUGGAGUACCAGGACGGGAAGGAUUUUGGGAUCGGGGAGCUCGUCUGGGGAAAGAUCAAGGGUUUCUCCUGGUGGCCGGCGAUCGUCGUCUCCUACAGAGCCACGGCCAAGCGCCCGGCGGCCUCGGGCAUGCGCUGGGUGCAGUGGUUCGGGGAUGGGAAGUUCUCUGAGGUGUCUGCAGACAAGCUGAUGGGGCUCGUGGCCUUUAGGCAGCAUUUCAAUCUGUCCACGUUCAACAAGCUGGUCUCCUACCGCCGAGCCGUGUACCAUGCACUGGAGGUUGCCCGGAGCCGCUCGGGAAAGACGUUUUCCACAGCCCCUGGGGAGUCCCUGGAGGAGCAGCUGAAGCCCAUGAUUGACUGGGCACUCACUGGCUUCAAACCCCUGGGCUUCAAGGGGCUGCGGCCGCCCAAAGCCUCAGAGAACGGGGUCCUGAGGAACGGCACGGAGGAGGUGCUGUCCCUCGAGCAGUGUCCCCCCACCAAGAGGCUGAAGACCAACCUCUGCACCGGCGGCAAGGAGCAGCGCGUGGAGGAGGAGCAAACCCGAGAGCAAAUGGUGUCGGAAGUUACGAACAACAGCGGGAGCCUCGAAGAGAGCUGCUUGUCCUGCGGGAGGAGGAACCCGGCCACCUUCCACCCGCUGUUCGAGGGGGGGCUCUGCCAGACCUGCAGGGAUAGAUUCCUGGAGCUCUUCUACAUGUACGACGAGGACGGUUACCAGUCCUACUGCACCGUGUGCUGCGAGGGCAAGGAGCUGCUGCUCUGCAGCAAUGCUGGCUGCUACAGGUGCUUCUGCGUGGAGUGCCUGGAGGUGCUGGUGGGCCGAGGGACGUCGGCCAAGGCGAAAGAGCAGGAGCCCUGGAACUGCUACAUGUGCCAGCCCCAGAGGAGCUAUGGGGUGCUGCAGCGCCGGCAGGACUGGAACACGCGCCUGCAGGACUUCUUCACCAGUGACAAGGGGCAGGAAUAUGCUGCACCCAAAAUCUAUCCGAUGGUCCCACCGGCGAAGAGGAGACCCAUUCGAGUGCUCUCUUUGUUCGCUGGCAUAGCCACAGGACACGCGGGAACGGCCGCGUCGAGCGUCUCUGCUGACGAAGGAGACCGCGAGACUAAAGAGAGCAGUGCAGCCUCAGACAUCUGUCCCUUGGCAGGGUACCUGGUGCUGAAGGACUUGGGCAUCCAAGUGGAGAAGUACAUCGCCUCGGAGAUCUGCGAAGACCCCAUUGCCGUGGGCACCAUGCGGCACGAGGGCAACAUCACCUACGUGCACGAUGUCAGGAACAUAACCAAGAGAAACAUCGAGGAGUGGGGUCCUUUUGACCUGGUGAUCGGUGGGAGCCCCUGCAAUGACAUCUCCCUUGUCAACCCCACCAGGAAGGGGCUCUAUGAAGGGACCGGGAGGCUGUUCUUUGAGUUCUACCACCUGCUCAACUACGCCCGCCCCAAGGCGGGAGAGGAGCGUCCCUUCUUCUGGAUGUUUGAGAACGUGGUGGCCAUGAGGGUCAAUGACAAGCGGGACAUCUCUCGGUUCCUGGAGUGUAACCCAGUUAUGAUUGAUGCUAUCAAGAUAUCAGCUGCCCACCGAGCGCGCUAUUUCUGGGGUAACCUUCCGGGGAUGAACAGGAUCUUCGUCUUCCCCCUCCACUACACCGACGUCUCCAACAUGGGCCGCGGUGCUCGCCAGAAGCUGCUGCGGUCGUGGAGCGUCCCCGUCAUCCAGCACCUCUUCUCCCCGCUCAAGGAUUACUUCGCCUGCGAAUAGCCAGCCGAGCAGCCCUCGUCUCUCUGGUAAAGAUGCACAGCUCGGCUGGAGGCGGGAGAGGGACGGGCCCAUCCCUGCUCUUCCCUCCUGCAGGGAGGCAGCCUGGCCCCGCAGGGAGAGCCGAGGAAAUGUCUUUAACCAAAGAACCUGGCAGGGUAACUUUUCUUGAAAGGGACUGAUGGCAGUGAUAGAACACCCGGACAAAAGAGCUUUAAUUGCCCAGCGCAGGAAGCUCUGUGCAUGGCUGAGCCCAUGGGAAGUCUCCUCCAGAGCAUUAAAUACCCCGGUUUAGCCUAGAGCUGAAACUCACAACUUGCUGAGCAGUGAGCACGGAGGCAGCUGCCGAGGUGCUGCGGGCAGAUGUGAACUGCAGCGAGUUACUGCUUCUGACCAAACAAAACCUCUCCUGAAGCAACUGCCAAAGCCCCCCCCGGCUGUGGCAGGAGGUGUAAGGGACCCUGCUCAGGUACAUACACUGAACACGCAGGAUACACACACCAAAUCGGUUUUAUUCUUUUUUUUGAUAAAUUUUUGUGUUGUUUAAUGUCUAUUGCUGCUUUACGGCAUUACAUAUGAAUGUGGAGAUUCCUAGACCUGAAUGUAGCUGAAACUGAACUGUGAGGUGAUAGAAUUACUUUUCUAGCUAGAACUAAAGGAAUACUGUUUUGUACGUUUGGCUGUAGUUUACAAAUACUCACUACUUCCUUUUUUAAAGCAUCUACAACCUUUUCCUUCCAUUUUAAAAAUCCUGCUGAGUGCUUUGAAAGCUUACACAGGAAUUGGAGCAGGGAGGAUUUGAGCUCCAGCGUCCAUAAAGGAUAAUGUUCUCUGAGCAUCCAUUAUCCCCAGUGAAUGUGGUGCACGGGCAGGAAGGGCAGUGCAGGGGUCAGGGUGGUCCUCAAGCUGCUGCCCCCACGUGUUGUGAAGCCGAGCAGUAUUGGGAGCGUGGUGGCUGUGGUGUAGGAGCUUCCUGGCAGGGAAGAUCCCCCCGGACCCCAGUGGGGCUGCAGGCUCCUGCAGCACAGCACCGGUCUCACCUGUGCUGAUCCCGCUCCAUGGGCAGCAAGGUGGGAAAGCUGCUGUGGCUGGGGGCUGCGUGUGUCCCCCCAUUGCAGGCGCUGGUGCUGGGGCAGGUCCUGGGUCCGCAGGCAGGGCUCUGCUCUACCUCUCUCCUUCCCUGCUCACCCAUCUCCCCAUGCACAGGGAUGCUUUCGUGCUUCUGUGCCCAGCCUGGGGCUGGACCAGGAGCUCCUGCAGCCGCUGCUGUGCUCACUUUAUUGCCCUCCUGCUCCCUGACUUUGCCGAGGUGAUUUCCUGCUGUCUGUGAAGUCCCAGGGAGCCCAUCCCACCUGUGCCAGGUUUUCCGUAGCCCCCUUAAUUCCAAUGCACAUUUCAAUGCACUGAAACAACCCGUGGUGUCCCCCAUUGUCCCUCUGUCCUCCCCUACCUCUGCUGUUCACUACACCCUGUUCGCAGCAUCCUUUGGUGCCUUCUCAGAGCGAAUCAUGUCCAAACCACGGGCCAGGCUGCUUCAUGAGGUGUCAUACAGCAUCAGUGGGGAAUGAGAGCUUCUCUCCCAGCUCCUUCUACCUCUCUGACACACGGGGGCCCUCCUCACCCCUCUCAUGGGUGGUGGAGGAUGACAGCCUCCUUGGAGGAGGGAGCCUCUCACUUUCCACUCUUCUGUGCUGCUUUCAACCCUGGGCUUUGAGGACCACCUUCUCUGGGGCUCCUGCCCAAGGCCGCACUUGGGAAUGGGCAGGAAGGGAAGCCUGGGGAGUUGAAAGGCUUUUUCACUUGGUCCUGCCCAGAGGUCACUCUUUAAAGUCUUCCCAGUGGGCGUUGUUCUUGGUGAUGUGUUUGAGCUCAGGAAUGAGUAGCACCCGCUCACCUCCUUUGUCACCAGCCCCUGGCUGGGAAGAUGAUGGGGUGGAUGCUGGGGAAGCCCCAGCAUUGCAAUCACCAGCUUUGAACCCAUCUGCAUCCUCUGGCACCGAGCCUGGACCCGUGACACAACACUAACUCCUGUGCCCAGCCCCAGCCAGAGCCCGAUGUGGAGCCAAAGGGUCACAGCCACCCUCUGCUUUGGGACCCUCUGAUGGGUUUUUAUGUUUCCAAACAGGGCUGGCUCGUAACCUCCACUCCCCAGCGUCUCUGAUUUCAUGCUCCAGGUCUCACAUCCCUUCCUUAUCUGAUCAAAAGAAAAAUAAAUAGAUGAGGGAAAAAAAAGGACUCGGGGAAUUUACACAAAGAUAAAAGAGGGAUGAGAAUUGUCUUGGCAUUAAGCUUACUUGAUAAGAAUUGUAGUAGACAAGUCUUCCUUGAAACGGUUUUCCCUGUAAGAGCUGCCUUUUAUUACGUGUUUAUAAGAUGUUGUAAGGAGAGGUAGAUUCAGAAAUGCCUUUUUAACACUUUUGUAAAGGUUUCUAACUCUCCCUGGUGCUAUUUUUUUAGGUUAAGGAUUGUUGAUGAAAUUUGUGCGGGUUUUUAUACAAUCUUUUGCAAAUAAAAGAAGUGCAUCGUUUUGCUGA